CUAUUUUCAGAUAUGUAAUUUAGAAUAACUCUGUGUCUUCAGUAAGAAAAUUCAUGCAAAAGUUGUUUAAUUUUCGAUUGCUAUGGACGCUACUGUUGUGCACCUACUUGCUGGCGGUGCUGGCGGUACUGUUGGUGCAAUAGUGACCUGUCCAUUAGAGGUGGUGAAGACACGUCUCCAGUCAUCAUUUGCAACGAAGUUCACGCAACAAGUUUAUGUGCCAUCGGUUGCUAAUGUUCCAAGUCAUCAUGUGGUUAAUCUGAGCACGUGUUCAGGACCUGCCCAGACGUGGGUUCCAACAAACACUUGUAGUACGAGGAAUAGACCUACAACUGGAUUAGUUCAGUGUUUUAAACAUAUUAUCCAAAAUGAAGGCAUGAGUGCGUUGUGGAAGGGUCUUGGUCCUAACUUAAUAGGGGUCGCUCCGUCUCGGGCAAUUUAUUUCUAUUCAUAUGCCAAAGCUAAGUCAUUUUGUAAUCGUUUGACUGUCCUGACACCAGAAAGUCCACUUGUGCAUAUCUGUGCAGCAUGUUUUGCUGGUUUCAGUGCGUGUACGACGACAAAUCCAAUCUGGUUUAUCAAGACAAGGUUACAACUUGAUCAAAAAAAAGGAAAUACUGUAAUACACCCACGAGGAAUUAUACAGGCGCCGCAUUGGGCCAAGGGGAGCUUAUCAGUUUCCGAGUGUAUUAAAGACAUUUAUCAAGAAUCUGGAUUACGCGGGUUCUAUAAGGGCAUCUCGGCGUCCUAUUUCGGGAUAUCGGAGACUAUAAUCCACUUUGUGAUAUACGAGGCUGUAAAAGCCAAACUGUUAGAAUUCCGUGGAGCUUCCUGCAGUGAUGACGAGCGCUGUGCUGGUGACUUCUUCCGUUUCAUGAUGGCGGGUGCUAUUUCGAAGACGUGUGCUUCUGUCAUAGCUUAUCCUCAUGAGGUUGUGCGAACGCGUUUACGGGAGGAAGGCAGUAAAUACAAAGGAUUCAUGCAAACGUUACGAACAGUCUUUUUAGAGGAGGGGUACCGAGGACUCUAUCGUGGCCUCGCCACGCAGAUGGUACGCCAAAUACCGAACACUGCAUUGAUGAUGUCCACAUAUGAAGGAGUUGUGUACUUGUUCUCAAAGUCGUCUUCUAAUGAUGAUGAUGACGACGAUGACUAUUGAGCGUACGUGUACUUGUCACAGGUCAAAAAAUCUUAAGCCAUAUUUAUGAGCCUGCUGGCUGUUCCAUAGCAUUUCGUACUUUUCGACAUGGAACACUUGAAUUCAGGGACCGUUUCCAAUGGUGAUAACUUUGCUCAGGUUUGGCAGCAUUUACGGUCAUUUGACCGCCACUAUUCGCAAUCAUUGUUGGAUUAGAAUUGUCCCUGUGGUGUUUCGUUGUGUUGCGGCCGUUCGCCUGCAUGCGAUGGACAUCAAACGAUGGAGUAGGGUUAACCAUACAUACUCCACACACGAUGGGAUUUAUUACUUAUCGGGAUGGUGAUGUGCUGUGUUAGAAACUGAGUGGACUAAUUUCACGAAGCCUGGGUGUCACAGAACCACACGUGAUGACUUACAGUGCAGGUUCCGUAGUUUAGGAGUCCGUUUCCUCUCAUGACUUCUGUUCUUUUAAUUUAAGACCAUAAUUUGCUCUUUUUUUCUGGCAGCUAUUUUUGUGUUGUAAUUGUAAAUAAUAGGGUGAAAGACCAGUCAAGUGUGGUUAGAAUUACAAUAUUUGGAAUUAGGCCUACAGCUGAUUUCAUCCAAAUGCAUCAUGCAAUGUCAUGCUGUAUAGAGAUUAUGUCAAGACGUGUGUGUGUGUGUGUGGUACCAAGGUCGAAGUACAGGACAAUUGGGUCAUUACAUCACAGACUUGUUCAAAGGCUGUACAUACUUUUAUGUCAUUGUUCAUAAUCCACAUGCUGUCUAAAGAUGAAUGAACCUUUGGUUCAAAGUGCAGGACAGUUUGGCAAUUAUCCAUUCGUGACCAGCAGGUGUGUUAAAGUGGAGAAUCUAUUUCAUUGUUUGUGCUUAUGCGCUGUAUAAUCAUGGUGUACUAUUGAAGACAGAGUUAUUCUAAUUUGUGCGUGAUAUCGUCAUGCAUUACUUAUUUCACUAGCUAGUCGCAUUGACAGUUAUCUGGUAAAUAGAAGAUGUCACAGGUGAUUACAUGAUACACUGUCGUACCUCUGCUGUUUGCCUGAACAACUGCAAUAGUAUUCAUCAACACACUUUAAUAGUGAUGCAUGUGAAAUUUGAGACUGCGAAAUAAUAAUAUCCCCAUAUCAUAAGCUCAAUCUAUUCCUGUGACGGUUAAUAGGUCACCAGAAUUUUCAAAUUAUCAUUACUGUCAUUUGGACAAACGUGGCACAUUUAGAAUAAUGUGUAUCGCAGCAAGUAAGUUGAUAUAACGUCCCUCAAACAGGUACAUCCAUCCGCUAGUCACAUGAUUGUUUGAUCUGUUCCCACUGUACAUUCAGAUUACAGUCAACUGCCUUGACAGUCACUGCUCACGUGCCUUGUUUUAAUGGUAAACAAGUUAACUUCCUCAAGGUCAAGGUCACUUGACUAUCGGGUAUUGAUUUUUUUCACGGGGCACAGUGCAAAGCCAUCCUGCCAUAGUGCAUGGCCUAGACAAUAACAAUGAAGUGUCCUGGAACUACAUGUGCGUGCUAUUUCAUUUUUCAAUGCCAAUGGCAUGUAACAAGAGUUUGGAGUAGAGUAAAAAUCAGUUGUUUAAUAGCAGAAAAAACAAGAAUAACAACUAUCUAAUCUGGUCAGUGGAAUAUUGUCAUCACAGAACUGAAUCAAUGGUAAACACUAUUUUAGUUUUCUUGUCAUCUUUUUUAAGCAUUGAGGAAUGUUUUGAACUUGUAGGCUGUCAUGUCUGUAUCACCCACUUGAAACAGUCUUCUGACUCUUAUGCAUUUGCACAACCACUAACAAGAGAGUUAUUAUCAAAUGGCGAUGUCAAAUUUUUUUUGGGGGGGGGGGUCAAGAUUGAUAUGAUAAUGAACAUAGAAACCAUAUUUCGAGGAAUGUUUUAAAAAAAACUGAUAGGUUCUUUUGUGUCAACCUUGUAACACUGUCAAGUGGGGCUCAAAAUACCUUUUGAUUAUUGAUUUGGAGAAGAUAUUUUUUGUACCAGUUCUAUUUCUGUUGAGCUGUAAAAUUUGUGUUGACAUAUUUUGGGGGUGAUAUUUUCCAGAACAUUUUGUACAAAUUUAUGGUCGAAGGUGGAAAAGUCGCUUCCAGUUGUAUUACAUUGUAGAAUUGUGUCCAGUUGUUUAUAAAUUGUGGAAUUUCAUGCCAAACUGAAUACCAAAGUUUGCGGUUUGCAUUUGGCUGAAAUGUUGAAUAUGGUGCUUCCUUCUGUAAAGUUGAAAUGUAAAUACGCUUUGUACAUAUUAGUUUUGUAAAUAUUUGAAGGUUCGACACCACACAGUAUGUGCCAAAAAUAACAAAAUACCAGAGAUGUGCUGAAAAUAUGAAAACUGUAAAAUAGAUAGAAGGGCAAGUUGGUAUCACCAGUCUAAUGGUCUCCAUUUCUGUACCAUGACUAACUCAAGAUACAUCCUGGCUCUUGGGUGGAGGGGGGUUCUUAGAGCUACGCAUGUAUAUAAUGAUAGUAGCCUCCUGUCUUCGAGGCCAAAUCUGGUUGAAGGAAAAUGGGGUAGUACUCUAAAAAAGAGAUAGAGAGGUACAUGAAAUUAGGGGAAGACUGAGAAAAGGGCAAUUUUCAUGUUUUCAGUAUGGUGGUACAUCUAGAAUAGAAGGCCAGUUUAAAAAAGACAGUACAGUCCAAAUAGUCCAGAUACAUGACAAUUUUUAAGUGACAUUUUUUUCUACACCAUUCAAACCAGGACGAUUUUGUUGGGUUAUAUUUUUUCUACACUACUCCCUCCUGGAACAAGAGCCGAGUGAAGUCCAUGUAAUGCCAGCUGCAUGUCACCAAUGCAGAGUCGAAUGUUUCACUGGGGAGGCCGAACUUUUGCUUGCACAAUUCAAUACUUUAAUUCAAGAAGCACUAUGAUUAUUAGUUUAGCGGGGAAUUCACUGUCUGAUUUGUGUUUGUGCUAACCGUCGGCAUUAUGGCAGUUGUUCAGUUGUCUAUUUCAAGUACAUGUAACCCUUGAUGGUGAGCUUGGUUAAUGGUAAAAGAUCCCUAAAUAUAAGAGCUUGGCUGUCCAGCUGUAAAGCGUAGCUAAGAUAGCCCGAUUGUGACCAAAAGUCUUGACUGAUCACACUUUGACGUGCUGGUCAAAUCACCACAGUGCGUCAGUGGAUAACCCGCCUCAUAAAUAGUGUACAGUGCGAUUUUGGAACCGGGGGGGGGGGGUGACUUGGCCAAAAUUGGUUAACAUUUUGUAAUGAAAGGAAUGCACACUUGAAAAGUGUCAAAUGGAAACCUGUUGAGAUUCUUCAUGUAACAAAGAUAACCCUGUCUGAAAUCAAGGUAUUGUGGGUUUUGAGAGUAGGCCGAUGGUGAGGAAAAUUUUGUUUGUGACUCAAUUAAAAAAGUGCAACGAGGCAUCCAACCUUGAGUGUUGUUUCGACUCCAGAAACUUUUUAAAAAUGAAAUUCUUGGCACACUUCAGAAUAUGGUGAAUUAGAAACCAAAUUUUGUACAGUUGUACAUUUUGAAGAAAAUAAAAAUAUUUCAAAAUAA